AUGGUGCCCGAUUGGGCGUCAUUUCGUAUACUACUUAGAAACUCAGUGGAAGUUAACGUGUGGCCUGUGAGCUACAAAGGGCAGGGUGCCAACUUGAUUACCGUGAAUUUUAUAGCUGCUUUGAGAGUGGGAGGAAAGUGCUACUGUAUUAAAAAACCUUUGGUCAAGGAAAAAUCUCUGGAUUUGACACGUGACAGGUUCUAUAUCAACAAAGCUUUGGUUGUGUUUGAUUGCCUUCUUCGUUUCAGACCGCUGAUCCAUCGGUCGUCGAAUCUAGGGUUUUUACAAUUUCUCCGAGAAAGGAGCAGGAUUAUAUUUGUUACUUCAAGUUUUGGGGCUCUUUCUGCGCUCAAUAUCUAG